AUGAUCGAAGUGGCGGCCGUGGCUGACGCAGCGUACGUCGACAACGAUCGCGACGCGUCGUGGGGAGCGUUUGGCCUUCUGCCGCGCAUCUCGAUCGACGACUGUGAAGGCGGACCACGCGGCCAGAGCCGGCAAAAGCGCUUCCGUGCACUCGGACUUUGGUGCAUUGAGGUGCACGUCGAGACGACGGGUGUCGCGGCGCUGGACAAGUGCUUGCAUCAGCAAGAUCGCGUUGGCCUUCUCGACCACGACGAGCGCCAGACGUUGGAGGCCACGUGCCAGGAGCUGCGGCGGUAUAGCUUGUAG